AUGGCACUAGUUCACAAUAUUAUGAAUUUCCCGCCUAGUUCCCGUCCAGUUACAUCUGUAUUUGUUCGUCCGAGAAAGAUCAUAAAUUACAACAAACUUUCUCGUCGGCUUUCAUCUCAACAACAAUGUAUAAUUACCCACGAAUAUGAUCAGCUCCAACAAUAUCCGACUCGCGACUUUUCGGCUCACUACGAACAAAGGCUAGAGGACGUAAGGCGCUUAUUGGAAAUCGAUCUACUAAAUGACGAGAGCUUGAUUUUGGUAGAUGCAAUCCAGCGGCUAGGGAUCAGCCGCCAUUACAAGGAGGAGAUUCAUGCGAUUAUCGAGCAGCAUCACCUGAUGAAGACUCAUGGCCGCCGUGGGACCCACAAAUUCGAAUAUUGUCGCUCGUUGCGUAAUGUUUCCCUUUCGUUCCGACUAUUGCGACAACAAGGCUACCAUGUAUCAGCUGCAGUUUCGAAGACGAGCACGGGAAUAUUAAGAGGGACACUAAAGCAAGAUAUCAAAGGGUUGUUAGAAUUAUUCGAAGCUACACAUGUAAGUUUCGAAGGGGAAAUAAUACUCGACCGGGCACAAGACUUUAGCCGGCAACAUCUGGCUAAUGUUAUGGACCAUAAUAAAUAUUGGUCGAAUAUCGUUAGAACGAGAUUAAUGCAUCCUUAUCAGAAAAGCAUUCCAAGAAUGAUGGAACGUAAUUUCAUAAGUGGUGAUUUUUACUGCAUGAACAAUGUAUGGGGAAGUACAUUAUGGGAGUUGGCCGAAAUGGAUCUUCUCGUUGGACGAUGCGUAUACCAAGAAGAACUUGCUCGAUUUUCCAAGUGGUGGAGUAGCUUAGGUUUAACCGAGGAGCUUAAGCUAGCAAGAAGCCAGCCGCUAAAGUGGUACACUUGGUCCAUGGCCCUCCUCAUGGACCAUCUCAGCUUAUCUCAACUGCGCCUCCAAAUUUCAAAGUCCAUUGCCUUUAUCUACAUAAUCGACGACAUUUUUGAUCUCUACGGAACACCACACGAGUUAUCGGCCUUCACAGAUGCCAUCGACAAAUGGGAUUAUGCCUCCAUAAAUAUGUUACCUAACUACAUGAAGUCAUGUUACAAAGCGCUUUUAGACACGACUAAUGAAAUAAGCAAAACCGUGUACGAAAAGUACGGAUAUGACCCCAUCAACGACCUGAAACAAACGUGGAAAGAUUUGUGCAGAGCAUUUUUAGUGGAAGCAAAGUGGUUCGGGUCGGGGGAUUGGCCCGGACCCGAAGAGUAUUUGGAUAAUGGCAAGGUUAGCUCAGGGGUGCAUGUGGUCCUAGUCCACUUGUUCCAUCUCUUGGGCCUGGGUACGAGUCGGGCCCAUCGAAACGGAACCUAUUUGAAGGCCUUAUCGACAGUGAUCAUAUCAUGCGUAGCUACCAUACUUCGUCUUUGGGAUGAUUUAGGGAGUGCCAAGGACGAGUAUCAAAACGGCAAUGAUGGAUCAUACGUGGAGUAUUAUAUGAGGGAACACUCGGAUUUGACACGUGGGCAAGCACGGGAGCACGUGAUAAAUAUGAUCGAAAGCGAAUGGAAAAUUCUGAACAAGGCGUGUUUCGAUCUCGACCGUUCAUCACCAUCGCUUAUAUUUCAAGAAGCGUCUCUUAAUCUUGCGAGGAUGGUGCCUCUCAUGUACGGUUACGAUGAGAAUCAACGGCUCCCAAUCCUCCACCAGUUUUUGGAGCACGUGCUUUUUGUUCCCACAUCCUAG